UAGGUUCUGGAAAGUUUAAUAUUCAAGUGGGACCAAAGAAGUAUUUACUUAUGAGUGACUACAAACAUGACGCAGAAAAUAUUUACAACAUGCCGCUGAGACACGACGACAUAUUUCUCGUUACAUUUCCACGUUCAGGUACAACAUGGACGCAAGAAUUAGUGUGGCUUUUGGUGUCGGAUUUAGAUUAUUCCACCGCAGCAAAGGUUCCGCUCUCGUCAAGAUCUAUAUUUCUAGAAUUUCCCAUGCUAAUGCACAAAAAUAUAGUGGAACAUUUAAAUAAAGAACACGCCAAUAAUCCAGACAAUUUAAAAACGUUGCAACUCAUGAGGACUCCUGGAUCGGAGCAAGUCGCUAAAAUGCCCUCGCCGCGCUUCAUCAGGACGCAUCUGCCUCUUUCGCUACUGCCCCCGACUUUGCUCGACUCCACUCAAGUUGUGUACGUGGCGAGGGACCCUCGAGACGUCGCCGUUUCUUUCUAUCAUCUCUCCAGGGAAUUCAAAUCAUAUAAUUUUAAUGGCAGUUUCAAAACCUAUUGGAGUUUAUUCAUCAGAGAUCUAGUGUAUUGGUCACCAUUCUUCGAGCAUUUAAAAGAAGCUUGGAGGAUGCGUCAUCAUCCGAAUAUGUUGUUUUUGUUCUAUGAGGAGUUAUUACAGGAUUUGCCCGCGACUGUGCAACGUGUUGCUAAUUUCUUAGGAAAGCAAUACAGAGCUGACCAGAUAACUGAACUUUGCACACAUUUGAAAUUCGAAAAUUUCAAGAAGAACCCUUCUGUUAGAUUCGGUAACUUGAAAGAGUAUGGAAUGAUGGCACCAAAGGGAGAGUUCAUCAGAAAAGGUAAGUCCGGAGGCUGGCGUAACUACUUCGACGAGGACAUGACGCGCGAGGCGCAGUGCUGGAUUGACAACAAUUUGCAGGACACCGACAUGAAAUUCCCAACAAUGAUAUGAAAAGGCAUAUAUGUUUAAAAAAACAUAACUCAGUAAACACCUAUGUACGAGUAUAUAGUAUAAUUAUUCUAUAUUCCUCAUCUAUACUAAUUUCCU